AUGGCAACUGAUGUCACAUUUGACACGAGCAUGGGCUCGUUCACUGUAGAGCUCUACAACUCACAUGCGCCCAAGACUUGCAAGAACUUCGCGACACUUGCGGAGCGCGGCUACUACAACAAUGUCAUCUUCCACCGCAUCAUACCGAACUUUAUGGUCCAGACUGGUGAUCCUACUGGCACCGGGCGAGGAGGCAGCUCAAUCUACGGCGAGAAAUUUGAGGACGAGAUCCGCUCGGAUCUGAAGCAUACUGGAGCCGGGAUUCUGAGCAUGGCCAAUAGCGGACCUAAUACCAACGGGAGUCAAUUCUUCGUGACUCUGGCUCCUACACCUUGGCUCGAUGGAAAGCACACAAUCUUCGGUCGCGUAAAGAGCGGGAUGAGGAUCAUACAGCGCAUGGGGCUUGUGAAGACAAACAAUGAGGACCGACCUUUGGACGAGGUCAAGAUCCUGCGCGCAAGGAUCGUGGAGGCAGGGAAUGAAGAGUGA